AGCAAGUGUUCGAACCUAAUUAUUUGCGCAUCUGACGGAAAUGGCAUCUGAAAAUAAUAAACGGAAAGCCUCGGAGGAAGCCCUUUCCCCAGAUUCCCAACAACAGAGUAAGAAAGCGCGCACCGAUUCCCCGGAGAAAGAACCGAAGCCUGAAGAUGGACCAUUGGGAAAGCCGUCACUGAGGAUCGUUCCCUUCCCGGAGAAGCCCGCCGUACUGGAAGAGCGUCGCGGAGAGAUCGAAUUUCGAGUGGUCAAUAACGAUGGUUCGCGUGAUAGCUUUGUCGUCCUCACGGGGCUGAAGUGCAUUUUCCAAAAGCAACUCCCGAAGAUGCCAAAAGAUUACAUUGCUCGACUGGUCUACGAUAGGUCACAUUUAUCUAUCGCUAUUGUUAAGCAUCCAUUGGAAGUUGUAGGAGGAAUCACAUACCGACCGUUCAACAGUCGCAGGUUUGCUGAGAUCGUUUUCUGUGCCAUCUCUUCCGAUCAGCAAGUCAAGGGUUACGGUGCGCACUUGAUGUCCCACUUGAAGGAUUACGUGAAAGCGACAUCAGACAUCAUGCAUUUUCUGACAUAUGCGGACAACUAUGCGAUUGGAUAUUUCAAGAAGCAAGGUUUCACUAAAGAAAUCACGCUGGAUAAAUCUAUAUGGAUGGGGUACAUUAAGGAUUAUGAGGGAGGAACCAUCAUGCAAUGUACAAUGCUUCCUAAAAUACGGUAUCUUGAGAUUGGCCGUAUGCUGCUGAAACAGAAAGAAGCAGUACACGCGAAGAUUCGUGCCUUCAGCCGAUCGCAUAUUAUCCACGCCCCACCGAAGGAAUGGAAAAACGGAGCUUGCAAAAUCGAUCCAUUGAACAUCCCGGCAAUUAAGCAAUCAGGAUGGUCGCCCGAUAUGGAUGAAUUAGCGCGUCAACCACGCCAUGGUCCAAACUACAACCAGUUACUGCAUCUACUAAACGACAUGCAAAACCAUAGUGCCGCGUGGCCCUUUACGCAACCGGUCAAUCGCGACGAGGUUCCCGAUUAUUAUGAGGUGAUCAAGGAACCAAUGGACUUGUCAACCAUGGAAGAGAAACACGAGAAGGACAUGUAUCCGACGCCACAAGAUUUUGUCAAAGACGCCAUGUUGAUCUUUGAUAAUUGCCGAAGAUACAACAACGAGAACACCCCAUAUGCAAAGAGUGCAAAUAAGUUGGAGAAGUUUAUGUGGCAGCAGAUUCGAAACAUCCCCGAGUGGUCGCAUCUGGCGGAUGGCCACUAAUCAACUGAACGAUUACAUGAGUUUGGAGAGGUAGGAGUUUCGGAUGAAGGCGUUUUGUUUUUGAAGUGUAAUGAGCAAAUACCCAAGUGAAGCAUGGAGCAUUUUGGUCUUUUUAUAUUAUUUAUAUUUUUAGGAGAUAAAAAUUUCUAAGGGUAUUGGUACGGUACUCCUAUUCCUAUCGUGGUAUGCUUUUCUCUCCUUCUUUCUAUAAUUUUUUAAAACCAUCCAAGUGGCAAUCCGCUGCAUGGUCACUUUUUUUGGCUUUUAAUUUUCGCAGAUCUUCCCCCUAAAUGCUUGUUUUCUUGUGACUUGUCACGAUUGACGAUCCUUAAUAUGGGAAUGAACCCAUGGAUGAAAGCAUCCCUUGCC